AUUGUAAAUAAAAUAGGAUCAAAUUGUUACAAAUGAUGACUGAGGAGGGUCUCGCAUUUUUUAAAGGGCAAACAUGAACCCCCCCAUUUCUGCCCUCCUCCCCACCCUAAUACUUUUCAUACAGUCCCUAAAUAAAGUUUUUGCUGCCAUUCAAAUUAUGUUAAAUAUGCAACUUUUCAACCACCCAGAGUUUCUAUAUUUACGUCCACACACUCUCAAGUGUGUGAUUAUAUGAAACUGUCUCAUUAAGAGGACAUAAUUACAACUACCUGCUAACUACUCUGUCUACUGUAGUGGUUUUGACGCACGGAAACAUUUCUUGUCCCCGCUCCACAACCAUGAAUUAUCCUGCGUACUCUUUCAUCUUCUGCCUAUAUUACAUAUAAUCACACAACAGCUGAAAAGGCUUGCCUCACCCUGCUGUGAUAUAUACCAUCCACUCUUAAAUCCUUGUCUGGAGGCCGUUUGGAUGUGAGGACGGCAUGUUUCUGCAACCAGGAUCCGUACAUGUAACUCUACAGCUCAUGCAAAUCCUCCAUCAGCUUCACAACCACCCAGAAGAGUCAUAAUCAUACAGAUAACCAAUGAACAGUCUUGAAUGUAUCACUUUAUUGAAUAUUUACACCCUCCCCUCUUCCUAUGCUUUAACACAGACGUUAAUCCAGCUUUGUUGUUAUUGUCAGCGCACAGAAAAGAGUUACACAGAAAUCUCGCCUGGUGUCUGAAUAGAGAAUAACCCGAAAAGCCAAAUGCAAACACCUAAAUCCUCACAUAAAUCCUACAGUACACGUUAGACAAGCCACAGCACAACUGCAAGGCCCUACAGUAUACUUCAAGUUUAUUUUAUGAAGUAAACCAGUAUAUUUCCCAAGUAUACUUUAUAUAGUAAGUAUACUAAUAUCAAUGUACUAGUAAUAUACUUGUAAGUGUACUACUUCAAUACUUCUUGGGACUAAAUUGGCCCACUUUUUAGUUUAUAAAAGUAUACCUUUAAGUGUAAGAAUAUUAAUCUUUGACUACACAACUGAGUUGUAAUUUUGUAAAGCAACUAUACUAUAAAGAGAACUAUACUACAAGUGAACUUAUAUGUAUACUGUUGGUAUGAAUGUAUAAUUUAAAGUAUACUCUGUAAACUACUAAUUUAAUAGUUUUUACCGCAAGUAUACUUGUAAGUUUUCUUAAGUGAAUUUGUAGUACUAAAUCUUAGGCAAAUAUACUUUUCUGUAUACUUGUCAGUAUAAGCCAAGUAUACUUAGACUUUUCUGUUUACUUGUCAGUAUAAGCCAAGUAUACUUAAGUAUAAUUUUGUUAAGUAUCUCUGAUAAGAACAUAAAAAGCAAACUGAAAGCAUACACAAGUUUAAAUGAAGUACAUUAAUUGCACAAUUGAAUAAACUUCUUUUUGGGAAGGGUAUUAUUAUGAUACAAUAACAGAUUUAACACACCACAAAGUCCUACAAGGAGGAUUAUAGGAUUCAGGACGACACCAUUCUUUAGAAAAAUGAUUCCUAGGUCAAAACAAUUUGAGGAAAAUCUAAUAAAAAAGAGGUGUUAUACAUGCUCAGCUUAAAGUACACAUAGUUCCUUCAUUAGAAAGUUAUGGCAAACUACCCAUGAGUGUCCAAUUCUGUGAGGCUAUGGCACCAUCUAGAGGGGAAUUCAGGCAACUUCCUGUUUUGAUCCCAGAUCCAACAUGGCUGCUCCAAUGCAGACGUUUUUCAGGCGUACUGCUUGUGUGAAGUAGCAGCAAACCAUGAGGGAUUACAGCCACCAUGGAUGCAAAAGAACUAGUCCACUGUGCUGUGCAGAUAGAGCGAGCCAAUGCAGACAGGAGCUAUGGGAACCUCUUGACCCUCCUCGGUGACCUUGAUAAGUCGCACAUCAAAGCAGAGCAGCUGGAGACGUCAGACAUUGUUAAAGCGCUCUACAGGCUCCUGAGGAGCUGCUCUGAUGACAGCGUGAAGAAGACAGCGAAGAGCUUGUUGUCUAAGUGGAAGAGACAGUACAGCAGAGAUACACCAGGUGUGAAGGAUGCUGAGCACUCUCGUAGGGUUUCUCUACCAGAUGCGGGAGUUUCCAAGCAAGGGGAUUCCCAUGAUUCAACACAGACAUGUGACACUAAGGUGAAGUGUGCAGAACCAGAAUCACCAUCCUCUUUCACUGCAGAGAGCACCUCUUCAUCCAGUUUCUCACCUGUAAGAUCAAAAUGUGUUCAGCUCCUUCUUGCCGCCCUCUGCCCCGACCUUCCUGAUCAAGAUAAGGCUGCAGAGCUGGCUGCAGACAUCGAGCGGCACACCCACGAGCUGCACAAACACAGCCAUGUCAAAUACAAAGCCUGCGUGAGGAGCAAGGUGGCCAACUUGAGGAACACUAAAAACCGGCAUCUACGUCAGGGCCUCCUGGGCGGCUCGCUAUCGCCUGAGGCCUUCGCCCGGAUGUCCGCGGAGGAGAUGGCCGGCGCAGAGCUGCGGCAGCUGAGGGAGGAGUACUCGUCCCGGGGUGUGAGCGAAAGGCAGCUUCCUCAGGGGGUAGAAGGGACGCAGACGCAGAAGAUCCGCUGCAGAAAGUGUGGGGGGUCGGACUGUAAGGUGACGCAGGUGUCCAGGGGUGCCCUUUUCCUGCCCGCAUGGGUAAGGCAGAGCGGCCCUGACGAUGACGCAAUGACUUUUGUGACCUGCAGCGGGUGUGGGCAGCAGUGGUACCACAGCGGCUGGGUCUGCCUCUAAAUACAAGUAUCUGAUUAAUCAGUCACAGUGAAUUAUAAUUCUAUUUAUAUUAUUAAUUAUAUUGUGUAUCAUUGCGUGAGACUGCCCUUGUGUUAGUGGUUUUCCUGUUUUCACCUCAUUCGAAAGAUCCCAUGAUUCUGCAUGGAUUGAGCAACUUUUAUAACUUUUCAAAACGAUGCCAAAAAGACAUUUUCCUGCGGCCUGUUAAAUGCUUCUAGUAUUUUCUUUGACACUGAAACAGGAGGAAUGGUCAGAGUGGAAUGCAGAGUGGAAACAGAGGACAGAGCAUUCCUGCAGGACGGAGCGCAUACUUAUGGUUUAAACGAGCACAUUUCGAGGAUGCAUCCUUUAUUUUGCAUAUGCAUUCUUCAGUAAAUGUGCGGUUACCUUUCUCCUACAAGCUGGAAAAGCCGAGUAACUUCCUAUUGCAGCUGCAGACUGCAACCACUUUUAAAGGAGUAGCUCUCGUCAUCUUUUCCCCGCUGAAUCAUUUCCUGUCUCCUCCAGUUAAUCUAUAAGUAGCCGCACAUUUAGCUGCUGUUCCUGGCUCCUCUCUUAUAUGAACACUUUCUGGUCAGAGGAAUGAUGUAAAGCCAACUAUGAUCUUGACCUAUGACCUCACUAAUGUAUAAUUUUCUUGAUGUCUUGCACUUAUUGUGAGUCACACUUGGUGUGAAUGUCUAAAUUCCUUUAGAAAGAAGAAAGCAUGCCUCCAGCUUCCUACAAUAUCCCAUUCAUGUGGAGCUUCAGACAUGUGACCUCAGAAACCGGUUGGCAUGUGAGUCAGUAAUCUGCCCUCAGCGGUGGAUAUCCCAUGGUCCUUCAGUCAGCCGACGUGGCACAAUGAAUCGUUAACACGUCAUCGUGACGUCACAUCGACGGGGCCUGUUCUGUAAAGGCUGAAGAGCUUCAGAAAACUGUUUAAAUAUAUAUUUUUAUGAAUAAAACCUUUCAAUACCUGAGCUGAA